AGAUGCCCAGGGCUGGGGCUGCGAAUGAAACUCGCCCCUCCAAAGGGGGGAAAAAAAAAAAAAGUUUUUCAGUUUCCCCCUCCCCCUCCUCAGAAAUGGGCGCUGAGCAGGGGCCGGAGGUGUGGAAAGGACAGAAGCAGAGAAGCCGGGUUUUGGGAUUUGAGGCUUGUUGAAGUUAGAAAGUUGGUAGUGUUUGAAAUGGAGCCCUGGGCUGCCGUCCGGCGGGGCGAUGGGGACAAUGAGCGAUCCGGCCGGCCCUGCUUAAUCAGAUCCCUUUUCCCCCCCCUUCCCUCCGCAAUAGGUGAAAAACCAUUUAAGUGUGAAUUCGAGGGCUGUGACAGGCGCUUUGCAAACAGCAGCGACCGCAAAAAGCACAUGCAUGUGCACACUUCCGACAAGCCCUAUCUCUGCAAAAUGUGUGACAAGUCCUACACGCACCCCAGCUCCCUCAGAAAGCACAUGAAGGUCCAUGAAUCAUCCUCGCAGGGGUCCCAGCCUUCUCCCGCCGCCAGCUCAGGCUACGAGUCCUCCACCCCUCCAACCAUCGUGUCUCCGUCCACAGAAAACCAGACCGCCAGCUCCUUAUCCCCUUCCUCCUCCGCAGUCCACCACACGUCCAGCCACAGCACGCUUACAUCAAAUUUUAACGAAUGGUACGUCUAAAACGCUAAAACAAAACAACAAAAAAACACAAACCGAAACAAAACAAAAAA